AAAGAGCCGCUGAACUUGCACUUGAAAUCAGUGACUUCACCUACGCAUCACCAUGAAGAUGAUUUUAUGUUUAUCCCUUUGCAUUGCACUGGCUUAUGCCGGUCCACUAUCUAUCGGUGGAUACGGUUAUCAUGGAGGUUCCUAUGAACAUGGUCCCGAAAAAGGUCAUGAAAAAGAUCAUGAACCGCAUGGUUAUGUUCCUCAUGAUCAUGAUGAUCACAAGCGUGAACCUCACGGUGGCAAUGAUUACAAACACGAUCAUAAGUACGAUCAUGAUCACGAUCAUGAAUACGACCAUGGUCAUAAAUACGAUCAUAAAAAUGAUUAUAAAUACGAUCAUGAUCACGACCACAAAUACGACAAUGAUCAUAAACACGAUCAUAAAUACGAUCAUGAUCACGAUGACAAAUAUGAUCACGAUCAUAAAUACGGUCAUGAUCACGAUGACAAAUAUGACCACGAUCAUAAAUACGGCCAUGAUCACGAUGACAAAUAUGAUCACGAUCAUAAAUACGAUAAUGAUCAUAAGUACGAUCAUGAUCAUAAAUAUGAUCACGAUCACAAAUACGACCAUGACCAUAAAUACGAUCAUGAUUAUGAACAUGGAGGCUAUGGCGGGUAUGGAAGUCAUCAUGAUCCAAGCGAAGAUUCAAUCGAUCAUAAAAGAUAGAUUUAAGGAUAGAAUAUUUAGUAGCUUAAACAACCGAUUGAAAUUUGAAUACUGGCCAGGAUUUGUUUAAUAUAAAAAUAAAAAGAUUUUCACAGCAAUAA